AUGGAGAGAUUUAUCUAUCCCCUCUACAGUGUGUACCAGGGGUAUGGUGGCAUCUUCACAUCCAGCCAGGGAGAGGGCUUUGUGGGCCCCAAAAAGAAGCAGCCCAAGUGGAAGCAAAGCAAAGGCAGCAGCAGCCCUUCCCCGGGUGUUCCCACCACUCCCUCCACAGCAGCUGCCCCGGAGCCCGCUGACUACCUGGACAGCUACAUGGGGGCGCAGCUCAAGGUGCUGCUGUCCCAAGUGAGCCUGGGCCUCACCCCCUGGCUCCACAAGGCCAACACCAAGGAGGUGGGGGUGCAGGUGAACCCGCGGGUGGACGCCUCAGUGCAGUGCUUGAUGGGGAAUGUCUUCUCUCCUAAGACUUGUUCAAAGACUCGUUGCUCCUGCCCCCAGAAGAAAAGACACAUUGACCUCAAGAGAACCCACCGCCAAGAGCUGUGUGGUCGCUGUAAAGGCAAGAGAUUAUUCUGUGACAACACUUACAGCUUUAAGUACAUUGUUUGAUCUGUGGCCUGUCUUAACUUGUACCCUUUUGUUUUUAGCACUUUGUCAGUCUUUGUUACUGGGCUCUGAUUUUAGGCUUUUGACCUGGUAUUAGAUACUGGAGGAAUUGCAAGAUGCUUUGUAACUUUACAGUAUACUGUGACAGAUGCAGACCAGUGGGGUACAGGAGUCUGGUAGAGGGCAACUAUCUGGUCACUGGAUGAGUAGUUUUCUGUUCCCUGAGUGACCAGAGAAGGGGCUGCACUAGAGUAAUCAGGAACCUGCUAGAACCAGUUAAGGCAGGCAGGCUAAUUAGGACACCUGGAGCCAAUUAAGAAGAAGCUGCUAGAAUCAAUUAAGGCAGGCUAAUCAGUGCACCAGGAGCUGACUUCAGUUUGUGGUGUGAGUGUGAGGAGCUGAGCGUGAGAGGGUGUGCUGCUAGAGGACCGAGGAGCACAAGUGUUAUCAGAUACCAGGAGGAAGGUAUUUGGAGGAGGCCAUGGGGAAGUAGCCCAGGGAGUUGUAGCUGUCAUGCAGCUGUUACAGGAGGCACUCUAGACAGCUGCAGUCCACAGGGCCCUGGGCUGGAACCCGGA